AUGAUACAUAAUCUUAUUAUUGCCACAGAAUCGGGUGUAAAAUUGUUUGAAAAACAAUUUAUGACCCCAGUCGGUAAUAGCUCAAACAUGUUGGCCUCCCUUCUCACUGCCGUCUUAGUGAAAGGAAAACGAGAACUUUUUCAUACAAUGGAAUAUUUUGAAAUGCAACGAGUAGCUUUAACAAUAGUAAAUGAUGGUUCUAGAAGAUUGUUCUGUGCUGUGAUUACAGAUUCUGAUGUUGGAAAUGAAUUUCCCAAACUCAUAGCAACACAAACUCUUCAGAAAUAUAUUGAGGAAUCUACCAAACUUCAACAAUCCACGCAGCAAACUCUCUAUCAAACAUCGAACAUACCAAUUCCAGGAGAAAGAAAAAUUCAAAAUCAAAUAGGAACAAAAUCAGAUGUAUUAACACAAAAUACACUGCCCAAUUAUCAAACUCAUGAUUCGUUUGGAUAUUCACGAAUGGAACCAUCAAGCUACUUUACAGGACAGAGAGUUUUUCCCUCACUCUCAAAUAAGAAUGGAAAAGAAAUUACUCUCUACCCAAGAAUACGAUUUAAUGGAAUGGUGUCAGAAGAAGAGAUUAAGAGUGAAGAACCAUUCCAAUUACGAGUCGAUCCUUAUGUUUUUCAAGUCAAAUUACGAGAAACCUUUUUAUCAAUUGUUCACUCAAUAUUGAAUGAAUUGAGAAAUGAAACAGGAAUAAUAAGUGCAGAUUUGAUAAGCAAAGAUAAGGAUGUCCUUUGUUCAACAAGUCAGAAUUUGGACCUUCAAGCAUAUUCUCAUUUCUUAAUGUCUAAUGCAACUGAUAUCAUGAAUGCUGUUAAUGACAAACCAAGAUCAAUGGAAAUUGUUCUCUCCACUGCAACGGUGGUAAAGAUUGUGCAAGUGGAGAUGAAUUGUAAUUUAAUUGUACUGUAUCAAAUGCCUCAAUCAAUGCUUUCGCCCACACAAGAUAUUGUUACUGAGGAAGAUAUGGAAUCAGUUGUGGAUAAUAUUCACUCUGUAAUAGAUUGGGCUGUAAAGUUGUUAAGGAAAGUUCAGUAUCUCCAGAAAAUGACAUAA